CAACUCUGCAAUCUACACUUUUCUCUACUCAAACAAACACUUCAAAGGUUCGCACCACCCUUGGGACUCAGUCUCACUUGAAUAAGACCUCAACUGAUCCACCCCAUCACAGUUCAACCACCUCACACUACACCAUGGCUACCACCAACGACUCCGCCGUUCUCUUCUACAUCGUCGCGAGCCAGAAGAAGCUCAACUUCGACUACACUCCCAACUGGGGCCGCGGAAGCCCCAACUCCUACAUCGACAACCUCACCUUCCCCCGUGUCCUGACCAACAAGCCCUACAAGUACCGUGUCGUCAAGGCUGGUCAGGACCUGGGAGUCCGUGACUCGUACUCUGUGCAGUCUGACGGCUCGCAGAAGGUCAACUUCCUUGAGUACAACGCUGGCCGUGGUAUUGCCGACACCCAGACCAUUCAGGUCUAUGUUGUCGACCCCGACAAUGGCAACCAGUACCUUGUUGCCCAGUGGAAGUAA